CACACGAGGGACGCCUCACACUCCGACAUCUCACUCUCACUCACUAGCUUGCCUCCUCGGCGAGCAACCGACGACGAUCCCUGCUUUUGAAGAUCGAGAGCUGAGAUAUCGAACCACCAACUGCCUUUCUCCCUUUGUGGCAGACAGACAGAGCUGGUCAGUUGCGCUACGAGAAGCUUCCGUUUUGAAAGGAGCGACAGACCUCCAACCCGGCCAAACUCACGAUUUGGCCACGCCCAGACGCUCGCCAUGUCUCGACCACAAGCAGCCGCGCCAGGCACAUCAGCAGGCGGCGUUGUCGUCUUUGGCGGCGGCACCGCGACGAACAGCCUCGUCGACGUGUUUGAAUCGCUGCGCGCGACGAGCAGCAGCCUCAGGGGAGCGCGGGGAUCUUCGGGGCAGUGCACGCUGAGCUAUGUGAUUCCCAUCAGUGAUAACGGCGGCAGCUCUUCGGAGCUCAUCAGAGUGUUUGGGGGUCCUGGUAUUGGUGAUGUGAGAAGCCGUCUCGUCCGAUUGAUCCCGGACUCGGAUACAGACCCGGAGCGCGCCUCACUCAAAGAACUCUUCAACCACCGACUCCCAGAAGACCACGCUCUCGCCCGCUCAGAGUGGCUCGACAUCGUCGAGUCCCGCCACCCACUCUGGGGCCCGUCCACCACCAGCACCUCCUCCUCCUCAUCGCAGGCCACUCCUGGAUCGACCGGGUAUCCCGCGGGCAGCGGCGGUAUAUCCUCCGAGAAGCGGGAGCUCAUCCGCAGCAUCUUCAACAUUGUCAACAUGGAGAUUGUCAAGCGCGCGCGACCCUCGUCCGUCUUCAACUUUAGCCGCGCGAGCAUCGGCAACCUGUUCCUCACGGGCGGGCGCGUCCUCACCGGUAGCCUCGAGAGCGCGGUGUACCUGCUCGCCACGAUCUGCGGCGUCCCCGAGCACGUCCGGGUCGUCCCCGCGAUCAACUCGAAUUUCACGCACCACAUCUCUGCCGGGCUGGCGAACGGGGAUGUCAUCACGGGGCAGAACUCCAUCUCGCACCCUUCGGCGCCGACGGCGCUGCCUGACGAUGGGAGCAGUCGGGGGAUGAUGGCUGGCGGGAAUGGUGGUGGUGGUAUGGACGUGGAUGUGAGGGAUGAGACGGCCAUGUUGGACCUGAUCGAGGAUGCCACGCUGCCUGGGUCCUUGCCGACGUUGAGAAAGCCAUACAUCUCCUUCAACAAGGGCGGCGGCGCGUUGACGCCGUUGCUGUCAACCGCCGAGUCGAGCAGGCCCGGCAGCACCGGGCAACACACCCCCAUCACCGGCAACGAUACGACAACGCCAAAUGCCGCGAGGCCCACUAGCAACGGCAGGGACACACUGGACAGCCUGACCUUCGACUUGCAAAGCACCAACAUCAUCACAUCCUCACCCCCGCAAGAACCGCAAGACCGAGAGCCCUCCACAACCCGGGCACCACCACCACCAUCAUUCCUCCUCCCGGGAGGCGACCACCCUUUACCCGCCCGGAUAGACCGGAUCUGGUACAUCAACCCGUACGGGCACGAGAUCUGGCCGCCCGCGAACCCCAAAGUCACGCAGACCAUCCUGCACAGCGCGUCGACCGUCAUCUACAGCAUCGGCUCGCUGUACACGUCCAUCGUCCCGUCCCUCGUGCUGCGCGGGGUCGGCGCCGCGCUGGCCAGCUCCCGCACGGCCCGGCACAAGAUCCUGAUUCUGAACUCGAGCCUUGACCGGGAGACGAGCGGGCGGCCGUUCCGGGCGAAGGCAAGGCUGGCAGAAGCAGAAGCAGACGCAGCAGCAGCAACGGAGAAGGGACAUGCCGCGGCACAUGGCCAGGGCCCUGAUGACCAGAGCUAUGGUACAGAUCAUACGGGAGGAGGAGGAGGAGAAGGACAGGCGGGGCCAGAAGACGAGGACUUCACCGCCGCAGACUUCAUCCGCGCCAUCGUGCGCGCCUGCGUGCAGAGCCAGGGAGAGCUGCCCGCCCGCAUGGCGCGGCGGUCCUCGCUGUCCUACAAGGUCCGCCAGCAACAGCAGCCGCCUGCUUCUUCUUCUGCUGCUGCUCUCUCGCGCACUUCCGCUCCGCCUGGCGGCUCGGAAGAUCCUACGUCGUCAAGUACCCGAGAUGGCCAUCGCCCUGCUGCCGCUGCUGCUACCGCCGCCGCGCCACACCGGACCAGCACCAACGAAAAACACCACCAGCAGCAGGAGCCGGAUGACUUAUUCUUCUUUGACAACCCGGCCGUUGUGCGCCGCUACGUCACGCAUCUGGUCUACCUCGAGGCUCCCGGGGCGCCGCGCGUGGACAAGAAGGUCCUUGCGGGGAUGGGCGUCGAAUGUGUGCGCGUGUACGGGCGGCGGGAGGGGGGACGGGUGGUGGUGGUGGUGGUGGUGGUGAAGCGGCAGCAGGUCUUCUGGCUCCAGGAGGGCAAGCACCACAACAGCAGCAGCCACAGGGACCACUGCGCUACGACAUUGCCGGGCUAACCCGUGCGCUAGAGGCGAUCAUCGUCAUGGGCGGCGGCGGUGGUGACAAGGCUGGAUUUACGCGCAGUCGCCGGAACACAAGCGGGCAGUAAGCAACUAGAGGUGUUAAUACAAAUAUCAAGGUUCGUAUUGAGCCGGCAUCGGACAGAUCCAGGGGCGCUGCUUUUCGCCAUGCUCAAUUGUUGUGCCCCCUUCACGGGCU